AUGGCAUCUCCUUGUGCAGAAGAAACACUGUGCUCUUCUGAGAAGGUGUCCUCCUUGGGGAAGGACUGGCACAAGUUCUGCCUGAAGUGUGAGCGCUGCAACAAGACCCUGACCCCGGGCGGGCAUGCUGAGCACGACGGGAAACCCUUCUGUCACAAGCCCUGUUACGCCACACUGUUCGGCCCCAAAGGGGUGAACAUUGGCGGCGCUGGCUCUUACAUCUAUGACAAGCCACAGAUCGAGGGGCAGACUGCUCCAGGACCCAUCGAGCACCCAGUGAAGGUGGAGGAGAGGAAGGUGAAUGCUGCACCUCCCAAGGGACCCAGCAAAGCCUCCAGUGUCACCACCUUCACCGGGGAGCCCAACAUGUGUCCACGCUGUGGCAAGAGAGUCUACUUUGCUGAGAAGGUGACUUCGCUGGGGAAGGACUGGCACCGUCCCUGCCUACGCUGUGAGCGCUGCAGCAAGACGCUGACCCCAGGAGGCCACGCCGAGCAUGAUGGACAACCAUACUGCCACAAGCCCUGCUAUGGAAUCCUCUUUGGGCCAAAGGGUGUCAACACCGGCGCUGUGGGAAGCUACAUCUACGACAAAGAUCCUGAGGCGAAGAACCAGCCCUAGAUGGCAUCUCCUGCCCACCUGCCUGCACGCUCUGUGCCCCUGUACUAACCUCCUACUCACAGCUGGUCACAGAGCUGUGCCCUCUCUGCUGUCUCUACUCUGGGCAGAACAGCCCUGCCUCUGGAUUAUAAAUCAUAGUCUCUAAUAUAAGCUUCAGUGUUUAAUGGCAAAGUUAGAAGGUAUUUUUGGUGGUUCCCAAUGUGCUCUGUCCUCCCCAGCCCCCUCCCACCAGCCCCCCAAGCAUGGGAGGCAGCAGGGCAGGUGUGGGGAUGUCACCAUGUGCAGGAGACAGCGGGUGGCA